GGGCUGUUAAAGUGACUACAGAGCAGUUUCACAUCCACUGCCUUCUCAAACAUCUUACAGAGACACGGUUUGUCAGAUUUUGUAAAGGAAACAUGGGCACAUUAUCUCUUGUUCUGCUCUUGCUUUCAGUCCAGUGGUCCCGGGCUCAGGAAGACCCUCUUCUGCCUUUCUCUGAACACCUGGACCCCGAGCACAAGGUGCGGCUGAAGUGGGGAUUUGAUGAGAUCCAGGGCACAAUCUUGUUCGAGCUCACGGUCGACACCAGCGGCUGGGUCGGUUUUGGCUUCAGCCCGAAAGGAGGAAUGACAGGAGCCGAUAUCGUCAUUGGAGGAGUCGGACCUGGAGGCAGAUACUUCACGGACCGUCAUGCUGGGGGUAACUCAAUGCCUGUGAUUGACCAGCAACAGAACUACAAGCUCCUGUCUCUGACCGAAUCUAACGGGAAAACAGUCAUGAAGUUUCAGAGGUCCAUCAGUUCCUGUGAUGAAAAUGACUUACCCAUCACUAAUCUCCCCAUGAAGCUGAUCUAUGCGUAUGGCCAGACUGAUGACAUCACGUACCACAGCACCCAAAGAGGAACGAAGGAGCUGAACCUGUUGAAGUACAUGCCUCGGGUCAACCCUCCAAACAGCAGCUUUUUUGACAUAACUAUGGUCAAUUUCACUGUACCAGCCAAACAAACCUACUAUCACUGCAAGAUCGUGAGACCCCCGACAUUUGAUCGCAAACAGCACAUUUAUCGCAUUGAGCCGGUGAUCACAAACCCUGACCUUGUGCAUCAUCUGCUGCUGUACCGCUGCCCUCCGAGUGUGACGGAGCCGUUUGAGGCGGAGUGUUACACAUCGUUAAGAACGAACUUGUGUAUGGAGACCACUGCAGUGUGGGGAGUUGGUGGAGGGGCUUUUGAAUUUCCUGAAGUGGCAGGACUUCCAAUUGGAGGAACUGUUGGUGGUUUUCUCUACAGGCUUGAAGUGCAUUACAACAACCCAAAUAAAAGUGCAGGUCGAGUUGAUAACUCUGGUCUGCGAUUCUAUUACACAUCUGAACUCCGUCAGCACGAUGCAGCAGUUUUGGGGACAGGGCUUGCAGUGAACCCUGGGUACGCCAUCCCACCCAAAGCCAAAUCCUUCCUCACAUAUGGCCUGUGUGACACUGCUUAUAUUCCAGAGGUUCUGCAGACGCCUCAUGAUCUUCAGGUGUUCUCUGCCAUGCUGCACACACACUUAGCUGGACGCAAGGUGCGAGUCGGACACUUCAGAGGGGGGAAACAGAUUGAUUUGUUAGCUGUGGAUGAAAACUAUGAUUUUGAAUACCAGGAUGUGAUGAACUUGGGCAAAACUAAGACAGUGAAGUUGGGUGACAAACUGCUGGUGGAGUGCACUUAUAACACUGAAAACCGCAGCACACUCACAUGGGGGGGGCUCUCAACUUCAGAUGAGAUGUGUUUGGCCUUCCUCUUCUACUAUCCAGCGAUGAAUCUGAGUGGCUGUAUGAGUUUCCCAAAUACAACAGCUUUAAGAUCUGAGAUGGGAAUGCCAAGUCCAACUAUCUGGCUCAGUUUAAUGACCAACACAACCUGGAAUGACACGUCUAUCAAUCAAUACCAACAAACACUAAAGAGAAUCAGCCAGCUCGUCAUAAUUGCCGAUUCAUUUAAUAAUAUAUCACGCAACACAGGGCUGAUUCCUGACCUCAGUGUCAUGCCGUCUGCACCCUGCAUUAGCGGCUGUGCCACCAAAAGCCUUGCUUCACUGCUCCUCUGUUUGGCAGUGCAGUUCAUGCACAAAUACUACUGA